UGCACCGGAAGUUGAAACCCUUGAACAGAGUAUGCAUGACAUGAGUAUUGUUGAAGAGGAGUUGAAUGAAAAUGCCUUCAAUGACCCCAUGAAUAGUGUGAUUGAUUUGGAAGAAGAGGGACCCUCAUUUCAUGGUUACCUGGACGACAGCUCUGAUGAGGAAUACCUUCCAACAAUUUCAUUGAGAAUUGGUGGUGCAAUGAAGGGAGCACAGGUAAUUGACAAUCUGCCAACUAUUGGGAUUGAUGAGACUGUGCAUGAUCUGCCUGCCCCUGAAGUCCCUCUCGAUGAGCCCUUGAGUCUCGAGCUGCCGAUUUUGCCAGGCCCUCAGAAGAUGCACUGGUGUCUUGAGGACUGGUUUAGUGUGUGACAGUGUUGCCCCAUUUUCAACAAACAUCGGCAUCAGGGGCACUGCAAUGAGUGUUGAAUGGAUCUGCCCCAAUGGACAUUGCCUAUGGCGGUGGAAUUCACAGCCUGUGUUGAAGUUUGGCAUGCAGGCUGGGGACUUUCUUCUUUCCACUAACAUUUUACUUUCUGGAAACAACUACACUAAAGUUGCUCUCCUAUUUAAAUUCAUGAACAUACAAAUGGUAAACACCAACACACACUACACCAUCCAGGACACCUACUGUGUUGACACUAUUAAAGCUUUUUGGGAAGAGAAGAGGUCUGAAUCCAUCAGCCGAGCAAAAGGGAAAGAUGUUGUGCUCCUAGGUGAUGGCAGAAAUGACUCACCAGGGCAUUCUGCCCAAUACUGUAGCUACACAACCAUGGAGCUUGACUCUAAGGAAAUCAUCCAUGUGGCCACUAUAGACAAGCGGCAGACCAACUGGAACUCCAACAUCAUGGAGAAGGAGGGUUUUAUCCAGACAGUGGACAAGCUUACGCAAGAGAUCAAGGUAGUGGAGUUCUGCACGGAUGCUCAUGUUUGGAGCCCUUUUGAACCCAGAUAAAGGAAAAUAUAAGGAUCUGAAAAUUCACCACAGCCUGGACAUGUGGCAUGGUGCCAAAAAUUUGUGCAAAAAAAUAGCAACCGCGGGAAAGGUGAAAGGACAGUCUAUUCUCCUUCACUGGCUGAGGGAUAUAGUUAACCAUUUCUGGUGGUGCUGCAAGACGGCAGAAACAUUUGAGCAGUUUCUUGCACUUUGGAUUGGAGUUCUGCAUCAUGUUUGCAACAAUCACACCUGGGAAACAGGAAGCUGCCAACACGACCACCUUGAAGACACUCAGGAUAAAGAGUGGAUUGAGAGAGAUUCAAAGAGCCAUAAAGCGCUUGUGGAGAUCGUCCUCAACAAGCGUUGGCAGAAGGAUGUCCACAAGUAUCUGCGCUUCAGAUCGACAGCACAUCUCGAGUCUUUUCAGAAUCACAUUCUGAUGUAUGCCAGCAAGCGCCAGGCCUUCACUCCCCGAGUGUAUGACACGAGAGUUGUGCUUGCAGCCCUGGACUACAAUUUCCACCGGGAACGACCGGCAUACAGGACGGCUGAGGGCCAACAAGUUUAUAGGAAGAAGUACAAUAAAAAUGCCAGAAGAUAUAGCCUUUACACCAUGAAGUGUACAAAAUCAUAUGGUUACAUCCCUGAGAUACAAGCACGCAUCUUGAAGGCGAGAGUCACAAGUGGAAUUGGGAUGCCGCGAAAGAGGUCCCUAAGAGCAGAUGACCCAAGGCGUCUUGGUGUUGUGCCACCGAUACCGCCAGGGGCGGAGCUACAUGGUGGCCAGGGGGGGCCACGGCCACCAUUGGAUCUACCUUCCAUGCGCCCAUAA